AUGUCACGGCGUGGACAACCCCGCGGAGUGCCAGUGAUUCCCAUUCCCGACUAUGGAGUGGUCGACGCGUCAUCUUCUGAUCCAAUGGCUUCAUACUAUAGCCAUCAUGUAUAUGAGGCUCUAAUCCAAGUGCAGAAACAAAUGAAACCGACGCGUGGACGAAUGCCGGCUAACAAAAUUGAUUUGCAACCAUACAUCGACGAGAAAAUCUUCGAAAUCACGAAAAGUGGCUAUUCGCGGAUGGAUCCAUUCAAAAAGUUGAUCUUGAUGCGCUAUAUUUUAGAUUAUUUCAAGAAAGACGAUCCACAUAAGAUGCUUUUUUUCGAGACGAUCUUUUUCGGGCAUGAGGGAGAGCCGGAGUUGCCAAGACACGAGACGAGGAUUCGGUUUUUAUUCGAUAUCGCCUCGUAUGCUCUCCUUUAUCCAGCUGGGGCGAUCUUUGUCCAAAUCGCUCAAUGGAUGACUCGAAAUAACAAUACGAUAACAUAUGGGAAAGAUUUGAUCGAUCGACUCUGCCUUCACUACAUUAAACACGAAAUCGACGAUGAAGAAGGCCAGAUGGAGCAAUUCCUCUUACCGAUGACCACCUAUUCAGCCGACUUUUGUGUUAUGUUUUUGACCUUUGGACCGAUACAAGAAAACAUACUAAACGAAAUAUAUGGCCCUCGAAUGGCUCGGAUUUGUGGGCAUUAUCUUUUGUCGCAUACUUCGUUUGUUGUUAAUAGUUGUCGCGAUAUGCCCGAACUUGGGAAAAUCUUUUGCAAGACGUCAUUUCCACUUCUACUAGAAUAUGUGCUUAAACGAUCGAACGUUGUCGACAUUUCGAUGAAUGAUUUGCAUGAUGGAUUGCUUCGUUUAUUGAAGACAUGGAAAGAGAAAGAAUUGAUACCAGAGCUAACAUUAUUGGGAAACGAGGAUGAAGCAGAGUGGUCACAGCGUAAACAUGACUACAUGAAUCUCAGCUCGGGAACAAAUGUGAUUGCGAUGAGAUUGGUUGAGAUUAAACAAUCGCUGAAACGAUCUGUUAAAUCACCGAUUCGAGAAGAUUUC